AUGGCGUCCUAUAAACAAGAAAUAGAAGAACCCAGCACAGCACACAGUUCAAACAGUUCCGAAACCACAACAAUCGAAUUAUCAAAUGAUAAUACAGGAAAACUUGAUUUCGAAGCAGCCGACAAAAUAAUGACCCAAUUACAUGACGAAAAGGAUCCCAAGAAAACACCCACCAGUGACUCUGUCGAAAGCCUGGCGAUAACACAGUUGUUCCGUUUUGCUGAUAAAUAUGACCUUAUCCUAAUAACUUUCGGCUCAAUAGGUGCCGCCGCAAACGGUGCUGCUCUACCUCUCAUGACUAUCAUAUUUGGAAACAUUAUCAACGCAUUCCUUACAUUCGCAUAUACCGCCCAAAGCGAUCGUGAACAUCUCGAAAGUGCAAAGCAAACAAUGACGCACGAAAUAAACCGAAACCUUGUUCUCUUUUUAAUUCUUGGUGCUUCGGUAGUGGUUCUGGCAUAUUGUCAGAUGGCGUUCUGGAUGCUUUCUGGAGAAAGACAAGCAAAGCGUAUUCGUAACCUAUAUUACGCCGCAAUCAUGAGACAAGAUAUUUCGUGGUUUGAUAAAAUCUCAACUGGUGAUGUAACAAGCCGUAUUUCUGGCGACGUUACAAUUCUCCAAGAGGGUAUUUCUGAGAAAGUGGGAUCGAUUAUUCAGUAUACUUCUACGUUUAUCUCUGGAUUUAUUAUUGCAUUUACAAAAGGAUGGAAAUUAUCUCUAGUAUUAUGCAGUGUCUUCCCUCUUCUUGCCGUAUCUGGUUUUGUCAUGGCCAAAGCAAUGGCACGCUCGACAGUGGCAGGACAAGACGCUUACGCGGCGGCCGGCGCAGUUGCAGAACAAGUUAUCUCUGGAAUAAGAACUGUAACCGCAUUUGGGGGACAACAACGUGAGCUAAAUCGAUAUAUCGCACGAUUGAAUGAUGCGUACAAGGCCGGCAAGAAGAAGGCAUUGGUCAGCGGUCUUGGUUUGGGUGCGAUGAUGGGUAUAAUCUUUGCAGCAUACGCGCUUGGAUUCUGGUAUGGUGGUCGCUUGGUUGCGUCCUCUGAAGCAAAUGGAGGAGAAGUACUGAAUGUAUUUUUCGCCAUUAUUAUCGGUGCAUUCUCACUUGGUAACGCGUCUCCGAGCUUCUCUUCGGUCGGUAAUGCUCUGGGUGCAGCAGCAAAUCUAUUCGCUGUGAUUGAUCGCGUUCCUACAAUAGACGUCACCAGCCCAAGUGGCAAGAAACUCGACAAAAGUUCUGUCAAAGGCAGCAUUGAAUUCAAGAAUGUCACAUUUUAUUAUCCACAACGACCUGACGUACUAGUCCUAAAGGAUUUCAGUUUGACCAUUGAAGCCGGAGAAACAGUUGCCCUUGUCGGUAGUUCCGGGAGCGGUAAAAGUACAAUUGUCGGUUUGUUGGAGCGAUACUAUGAUCCGAACAACGGUACAGUGUAUCUUGAUGGGGAAGACUUGAAGAAAAUUAAUCUGAAAUCAAUGAGAACACAAAUCGGACUCGUCGGUCAAGAGCCCGUACUUUUCCCAGAGAGUAUCGCUCAGAAUGUCAAAUGGGGUGCUGACCCAGACCAUACACCAACUAUUGAAGAAGUCAUUCAAGCAUGCAAGAAAGCUAAUGCUCACGAGUUCAUUGAUGAAUUACCAAAUCAAUACGAUACACUUGUUGGUGAGAAAGGCGCCUUAUUGUCUGGCGGUCAAAAGCAAAGAAUCGCAAUUGCGCGAGCUUUGAUCAAAGAUCCUAAAAUCCUUCUUCUCGAUGAAGCCACCUCAGCACUUGAUACAGAUUCUGAACGUCUCGUACAAGAAGCCCUCGAUGCAGCCUCGCACAACAGAACCACCGUUGUCAUUGCUCAUCGUCUCUCCACAAUCAAGAAUGCAGACAAGAUCGUUGUUAUGUCCAAGGGUGAAAUUCUCGAAAUUGGCAAGCAUGAUGAACUCAUUGCUCGUCAAGGUGCUUAUUACAGCCUAGUCAAAGCACAAGAAUUGAAAACUAAAGGCACAACUGAGAUUGAUGGCGACGAGAAGGAUGAUGACAGCUCUUCUGCUACAGCUAGUCAAUCUGAGGAAGCUAUUACCAUUUAUGACGAAAAAAGACCCAAGGCUUUCAUGCGUCGUAUGUCUACCAAGGCAUCCGUAACGAAAUCGGUUAAAACAAUUGACGACAUUAAAAAAGAAGAAGAAGCGGUUUUAAAAGACGAAAAAACUCCUUUGGCUCGCGUAUUUAAGCUCAGUAGUCCGGAAUGGCCUUACCUUGUUCUUGGCGCUUUAGGUUCUGCUGUCAACGGAGCUAUUAUGCCGCUUUUUGCAUUGGUCUUCACCCAGAUUCUUGAUGUCUUCUCAAAAAUUGGUGAUCCCGAUGGUAUUCGCAGGGAUUCUGCGUUCUGGGCUGGCAUGUUUGUUGUCUUAUCUGCUGUCGCUUUUCUUGCUAAUUGUGCACAAGCAGGCCUCUUCACAUUUACCGGUGAACGUCUCACUAGAAGACUUCGUGCCAUGACAUUUGCUGCUCUUUUAAAACAAGAAAUAGGAUUCUUUGAUGAAGAAGAUAAUAACACUGGUGCAUUGACGUCUAAACUCGCCACAGAUGCGUCGAGAGUCGAUGGUUUAGCUGGUAGCUUAAUGGGUACUAUUCUUCAAACAGUUUCAAACGUUCUUACUGGGUUGAUUAUCGCGUUUGCAAACGGUUGGAAGAUGACUUUGGUUGUGCUGGCUGGAAGUCCAAUUAUUGCUAUUGGUGGUUUCUUGGAAUUGAAAGCACUUGCUGGGUUCGGCGCUAAGACGCGUAAAGCAUACGAACAGUCUGGACAGGUUGUGCAACAAAGUGUAUCUAACAUAAGAACCAUUGCUGCCCUGUCUCGUGAGGAAACCUUCAAGCAGCUGUAUCAUGAAGCCAUUGUUAAACCUCAUAAGAUUGCUGUUAGGGGAGAAUUAAUUGCCGCUAUUGGAUUUGGUGCCUCUCAAGGACUUGUAUAUUAUGUUUGGUCACUUGCCUUCUGGUAUGGAUCACAAUUAGUUAAAAACGAAGAAUAUACCGUUAAACAAAUGAAUAUUGUGUUGUUCUCGGUCAUCUUCAUGGCUAUGGCUCUUGGGCAAAUGAGUACAUUUGCUCCAAAUAGUGCCAAGGCUAAGCUCGCAGCCAUAUCGAUUUUCCGACUCGUUGACCGUAAAUCUGCAAUUGAUCCUAGCCUUGUUGACGAGAAUAGGAUUCGUCCUGCUCCAGUGACCGGUGAAGCUCAAGUUCGCAACGCAGUUUUUAAUUAUCCAGCACGACCGGGAGUACCCAUCUUACGUGGAUUGGAUAUGGUAGCGCAUUCUGGAAAAACAGUUGCCCUGGUUGGUCCAUCGGGAUCCGGAAAGUCGUCUACUAUUGCAUUAUUGUUAAGAUUCUACGAUGUAAUAUCUGGAGCUGUGAAUAUUGAACGACACGACGUGAAAGAAUGGAAUCUCGAAUAUUUGCGCUCUAAUAUGGCACUCGUUGGUCAGGAACCCGUACUUUUCGACUUGACUAUUGGAGAGAAUAUAGCGUACGGCAAGGAAGGUUGUUCGCAGGAGGAAAUUGAAACAGCAGCAAAAGGAGCCAAUAUCCACAACUUUAUUACAUCGUUGCCUGACGGAUACGAUACGAGCACAGGUGAACGCGGUACACAGCUUUCGGGCGGACAGAAGCAGCGUAUUGCGAUUGCGCGUGCACUCAUUCGAAAUCCUAAAGUUCUUCUUCUUGAUGAAGCCACAUCAGCUCUAGAUUCCGAGUCUGAAAGCGUAGUACAACAUGCGCUUGACGCUGCCUCUAAGGGACGCACUACAAUUACAAUUGCACAUAGAUUAUCUACAAUUCAGGGUGCUGAUUUGAUUCUUGUGAUUAAGAAGGGCAAAGUAGUUGAACAAGGAAAGCAUCUUGAACUAAUAGAACAGAAAGGAUUAUAUCACGAUUUAGUAAAUAAGCAAACGUUAAUGAAAAAGCAAGGUUAA